GCAUUUGACUUGCUAACUGAAAAUAAAUCAAAUUUUAAAACAUACUCUUAUUACAUUUGUGGCUUACUUUUACAUUUUAUUUGCUUUGGCCUGCAUAUCGAAGGGAACAACGCCGCGAUGAUGAAUAUGAGCUUUCAGUACAAAAAGGAUCAUACCUUUGAUAAGCGACGUGCAGAGGGUGACAAAAUACGCCGCAAGUAUCCGGAUCGUGUGCCAGUCAUUGUAGAGAAGGCGCCCAAAACACGUCACACCAGUCUGGAGAAGAAGAAAUACCUGGUGCCCAAUGACCUAACAGUGGGACAGUUUUAUUUUCUUAUCAGAAAAAGUAUUCAUCUUAAAGCAGACGAUGCACUAUUUCUGUUUGUCAACAAUGUUAUUCCACCCACUUCGGCUACCAUGGGCUUGCUGUAUCAGGAGCAUCACGAUAAGGAUUACUUUCUAUACAUGGCCUAUACAGAUGAGAACGUGUACGGACAGGAACAAUAAUUUUAGUUCAUGCAAAAGCUUUCAAGUUUGGUUUUAGCAAUGCAAAUUUUAAACAGCAAUAAAUUGGUUAUAAUACAAAA